AUGUCCAAGAGCGUCGUCGCCACGGACAAGGCCCCCGCGGCGCUCGGCCCGUACAGCCAAGCCGUCCGCGCCGGGGACGCGCUCUACGUCAGCGGACAGAUCGGCCUCGUCCCCGGGACGAAGGACUUCGCGGGCGACGACGUCGAGUCGCAGACGGAGCAGGUCAUGAAGAACAUGGGGGAGAUCCUGAAAGCCGCGGGGGCGGACUUCGACGCGGUCGUGAAGACGACGAUACUCCUCGCGGACAUGGACGACUUCGCGAAGGUGAACGCGAUCUACGGCGCUCGGUUCCCGAACGACCCGCCCGCGCGGGCGUGCUUCACCGUGAAGACGCUGCCGCUGAACGCGAAGAUAGAGAUCGACGCGGUCGCGUACUUGGGCGAUUAG